CCAAAAGUUUACCGAUUGACAUCAACCUUAGUGACGCCUUUACCUUUCUUUGAUUCAAUUUUUGUUUCCAGAGGUGUGAAACCAAAAAACCUCAUCUCUUGUUGAUUUUGAUGAGACUUUUUUUUCCUGCUUUUAAAUGUCCACCGCUAGGACGAUGUUGCUGUUAUUUUAUAGCUUGCAGUUUUCAAACCAGCCACCGACAACUUUAUCUUGUGGUUUUACGGGCUAAAAGUAAAGGCUCUGGCCAAAGUUACCUUAUCCCACAAAUGAGAGAAAUCCUAAUGCUAAGGCUACCUGAAAUAUGGUGUGUACCAAAUCACUCAUAAUAAUUAAAUAAAAAGAAAAUAUAAAAAAAACACACGCCUUAUUACGGACCAGACCAUAGAUGACAUUCAAAUUUUUAAGGACAAUACACUCUCUUUUAAAUACGGCAUAUACUUAUAUGCUAGUCAUAUCACAUGCAUCGAUCCAAGAUAAUUUUAUUUAACAAUAAAACAAAAUAUAAUUAUAAUGGCAUGCGGACAGUUAAAGUUUUGUACCGAAUAUUUAAACAAUUAAUAGAUUAUUUAACUUAAAUAAAAUCUUAAUCUGCGAAAUAACAAUUUCUUGGGAUUUGUUCACCGAGUUUACCUGGCAGAGUGGCAACUUCCGUCCAUUUUGCAAAAUGGCGGAACGACGCGUUAUGCCCGAUGAUCUAAAAAAUAUUGAAUUUGAAACAAGUGAAGAUGUUGAUGUCACACCCACAUUUGAUCAUAUGGGAUUACGAGAGGAGCUUUUAAGAGGAAUAUAUGCUUACGGUAUGUAUCCUGCGAGGAGCAAAAUAUUUAUUUUUCAUGAUAUGCAAAAUCAGAAAAUUGUCAGUUGUCUUCUUGAAUGGUGUGUGAGCAGUUUAGUAUAUAAAUAUAUAUAUAGUAUAGUUAGUCACUCAGUAGAUAAUGGAACGGCACCACAUCAAUCAAGUGCGACGCAAUUAUAAAAGCCAUAGACUCAAUGUUCGUUAAUCAAUUAUUUUACUUCCAAAAGUUAAAUAAUAAUUAACUUAAACACUUCCUUUGAACCCUUGCCUACGCCUACGGUACCCAGCACCUCUUUUUGCAGUGACCUAAUUUUUCCGUCUUUUUUUUCCGUUUUCCCUGUGGCCCAAGCGCGUCUAUUUGCCACAUAGAGGGGUAUCUAAUAUCACAGAAACGAGGUUAUAACCUUUCAUCACAGUCUCGGGCAGAAUGUUUAUUCGUUAGGGGAAUAGUCAAAUUAUAAUUUGCCUUUUAAAUUAUGAAAAUCGACCAAUUACUGAGUUUUUUUUUUUGUUGUUUCCAUGGCGCUACCUAAUCGCUAUUGUUGGUGGCGACUUACGCCCACUUGAUGAAACCUUUUGUUCUGAAAAUAUUAUUGAGCUUUAAUUGGGAUUAGAAGUGUUUUUUAAACACCCUUAUCCAUUUCUGAACAGAUAAUUCUCUGCAUGUUAUUAUCAAUUGUUUAAAACAAAAAAAAAAACAAAAUAAAUUAACAGUCCCUUCAAAUUUUGACUCGUUCCAAAAUAAUGUCUGGGCCACAGGGAAUAAUUAGCCAAUUAAUGGCCGGUACUGAGACAAUAAAAGCAAAAAGUAGGUCAGUACCGUAAGGGUUAAGUUAAAUAAAGUGAUAUAAUUUUAAAAAAUUGAUGGUUAAGUUUACUCUCAGAUGUUUUCCAAGGCUGUGAUAAAAAGGGGGUGGUGGAGCCUCUGGUAUAAAAGGUCAUGCCAUUGUCUAUAUAUUGGGUGCACCAUCUUCAACCUGGGCACUGUUUUUCAAAUUUGAAUGAUGUUGAGGGGUGUUCAAUAAUUUAAGACCUAAAAAAUAAUUACACAAUUUUGCAUUCUGAACUUUUUAAAAUAAAAUGCUUGAUCAUUCAUGAUGCAAUGGGAAAUGUUCCACUAAAUAGGACGCAAAAGGAAUUGGAAAAAAGUGAAAUGAGCGGAUCUGUUAUCAAACAAAUAAUUGCAUAAAUUCUUCAGAAUCACAUUAAAAGGGACUAUUUAGGUAUUUUAGUAACAUUUAACAAAGAAUACAAAUUCUAGUAUGUAAUUUCUUUUUUAGGUUUUGAAAAGCCAUCAGCCAUCCAACAGAGAGCCAUAAAACCUGUGGUGAAAGGUAGAGAUGUCAUUGCUCAGUAAGUAUAUUCAAAUUUCUUUUUUUUUUUUUUUUUUAAAUCAGCAGUUUUAAGGUGUCCUCUUUUUCUCUACUCAUAAACUCUUUGUUUUCAUCCAACAGAGAGCCAUAAAACCUGUGGUGAAAGGUAGAGAUGUCAUUGCUCAGUAAGUAUAUUCAAAUUUCUUUUUUUUUUUUUUUUUAAAUCAGCAGUUUUAAGGUGUCCUCUUUUACUCUACUCAUAAACUCUUUGUUUAUCACAGGGCACAGUCAGGUACUGGUAAGACUGCCACAUUUUCAAUUGCUAUUUUGCAAUGUUUGGACACACAGAUUAGAGAAACACAAGCUUUAAUACUCUCUCCUACACGUGAGCUUGCUACGCAGAUACAAAAGGUAAAUAAAAUUUCUUAAUAGGAGCACUUUCUCCAUUACAUGGGUCUUUGAAUUGUGCAAGUGCAGCUGAUCAGUUACACACAAGUGAUUAACACAUAGGUGUACCUGUUAAUCCUUGAUGCUUCUAGUGUGCUUAAAUAUGUAUAAAAAUAACUGUGAAAUAAAUAGACAUCAGACUAUAAAAGUCCGUAAAGUGUAUCUACUUAUCUACUUUUAAUUGAAUGCAGGUUAUUUUGGCUCUUGGGGAUUACAUGAGUGUUCAGUGCCAUGCUUGUAUUGGAGGGACAAAUGUUGGAGAAGACAUCAGGAAAUUGGAUUAUGGGCAGCAUGUGGUUUCAGGAACACCCGGUAGAGUCUUUGGUAAGUAAAUAAGAAUUAAGUGCUAUAAGUUUAUGAGUUUAUGGAUGCAUAUUUAUUAUUUAAGUAAUUUUUUAACAUACAUAAUGAUAAGUUGUAGAUGCUGACAACUAUUGUAACAUCAUUUUUUUUAAAUAGAAGUUUCAAUGCCUCGAAAGUGAUUUGGUAACUAAUCAUUUCUUUAUUUAUUAUUGUGAAUGUUGAACCUUUAGAUAAAUAAAUUAUAAUUACAAAGGUGAAUGCUUGAUUAUUUUUUGUUGCCUGCACCAAUUAAAUUUAUUAAUAACUUUUUGUGUUGCAAUAUACAAUGCUGAUUUGUUUUAAAAAAAAUAUUUUCAAAAAUUAACAAAAACAUAUUUAAGUUUUGUCUACAUUAAAUUAUUUGCUACUUUUUGUUGUGUUUAAUCUUGUCUUUAAUAGAAAGUCUUUUUGAAAAGUUUUUUAAAAUUCAAAAUCAUCUUUGAUACAUAAAUACAUUCAAAAAUUUGAAGAACAAUGAUUAUUUUAUGAUUGAAUGUAUUUUGAAAAUUCAGAUAUGAUCAAAAGACGAAAUCUUCGCACAAGGUCAAUAAAGAUGCUUGUUCUUGAUGAAGCUGAUGAAAUGCUUAAAAAGGGUAUGAUGUAAAAUUAAUUAUUAGCUGGGAUUUUGGAUGUUCUUAUAAUUAGAUUAUUUGUUAAGCUAGCUCCUAUCUUCUAUAUGGUAAUGACAAUGAUGUUGAUGGUCAAAACAUCAUUUUCGUAUGAUAUUUAAUAACUGCUUCAUUAAGGCGUCUAAUUUCUCCUAGGUUUCAAGGAACAGAUUUAUGAUGUUUACAGAUAUCUCCCACCAGCCACACAAGUUGUUCUAAUCUCAGCUACACUUCCACAUGAAAUCCUGGAAAUGACCAACAAAUUUAUGACAGAUCCCAUUCGUAUCUUAGUCAAACGGUUAGUUGUUUAUUUAAAAUAUAGUUUCUAUAGGUGAUUAUUCCUUUAUAUUUUGUUGUUGUUGAGGUCGUUGUUAAAUUUAGGUUAUCUUAAAGCACUUAAUUCCGUUUCAUGAUAAUUUUUUAUAUGAGAGAUUGAUUUUUCAGUUACAAAGGAAUUUCCAAAUAUGUUAUCACAACACGUCUAGAUUCAAUGACCCAAAAUUUUUAGUAUUUUAAUAUAAUUUCUAAAGAGUCAUUAUAUUUAUUAAGACAAGAUUUAAAGUAUUGGGGACAUUUAAAAAAACAACUUAUUUAGAUAAUUUGUUUUGGUGUUUAUUUAAAGUGACGAGCUGACGUUGGAAGGCAUCAAACAGUUUUUUGUGGCUGUGGAGCGUGAGGAGUGGAAGUUUGACACCCUCUGUGAUCUCUAUGACACACUGACCAUCACACAAGCUGUCAUCUUCUGUAACACCAAAAGGAAGGUUGACUGGCUGACCGACAAAAUGAGAGAAGCCAACUUCACAGUUUCAUCCAUGCAUGGUGACAUGCCACAAAAAGAGAGGGAAACUAUUAUGAAGGAGUUCAGAUCUGGGGGAAGGUAUUUUUGUCCUUAUUUGUGUUCUGUGGUGCUUACGGGUCUGAGACUUGGUAAUUUUGGUUUGGUUACACAAAUCUAAAUGAUAUUCCUGUUUUUGUCUGCAGUUAUUACUCAGUGGGAUAGUAAUGCUCAAAUGUGUAUCCUAAUCUUCAGUCAACUCACUUCACUUCUUUCCUAUUCCGUAUGCAUCCUUGUGAGCUCCAUUUCCCUCUUUGAUCUUAAACUCUAGGAGCUAGAAGACCGUUUUAUCCUGGUAAUUCCUUUUCUUGGAUUUUAUUUCGCAAUAAUAACAGGUUUUGGCAUGCACAUGGUAUAAGCUCUGUAAUAGCUGUGUUAUUUACAUGAAGGUCUAUAUAGGUGUUUCUAACAUCUCUAACUCACUUUUCUUCAGUCGUGUGCUCAUCACCACAGAUGUGUGGGCAAGAGGUAUUGAUGUUCAGCAAGUAUCCCUGGUGAUUAACUAUGAUUUGCCAAAUAGCAGAGAGUUGUACAUUCACAGGUAAGAUGAAAUUUUGAAACAAUUAUCUCCUUGCCAAAUAAGAUCUGUUCAGAAAUUGGUUUAGAGCAGAAAUUUGAGGUCAAAAUUUUUCUUUCUUGAAAAAAGGCUGCUUCUAAAUCUUAUUCUCAAAGUAAGGACCAUUUUUUGUUAAUUACAGUUAGUUUCUAUUUUAUGGGCAAAGUUUAAUGGGCCUUAAGAAAGUGUAAAUGCCAGAUUUUUUAUUGUGACAGUUAUUUAUGCUUAGUUCCCGCCAACUAGAAUUGAAAAUGAUGAAAUUGUUUGAUAUUAUCUAAAAGCAUAAAGAAUUGCAAAAUAAUGCUGUCAAUUAAUAAAAUGAAGAUGUCCCAGUUUUAACUGUGGUCGGCCAAUGUUUUCAAUCUGCACUGUGGUGGCUGAAAAGAAAAUCGGGCGAUAUAAAAACAUGAUCAGAUAGCAACUUCCAAUCCAAUACUUAACCGGAAUUAUAGCCACUUCCUUAUAUUAAUAAUUAAAUUAUCUUCCGGGACCAGCUGUUUGCUGAUAACUUUCCAAUCAGUACUUUUUAAUCAGAGUUUUAUAUCACUGUUAAUUUUUAAUUCUAAAUGGAUGAAGCUAUGACUGGGCCGCCAGUACAAUAACUAAUAGAAAUAUUUUUGAAAGCUUUUAAGGAGAGGAUUUCAUUGCUACUGAUGAUUUUAACAUUCCCCAUGACGAUCUCAGUUCGGAUUCUUCUUCUAAUGAAUCUGAUACUAGUCCUAGUGAUCCUAAAGUAGACCUACUGUUAGGCUUCGAGCCAGGCACAGAGGUAGGGCAAGGACUGGCUGAAUUUUAGUCCCAGAAGCUGCAGAUUAUAGAUCAGAACUCAUAAAUUUUAUAGUUACACAACCCAAAUCAGUUCUACAGUUCAUUUUUAAAUGUUAACUUGUCAAUAAUAUCUUUUGUGCCAGAGAUUUUGUAAGUUAUUCUUAGUUUUAGCUGUGGUUCCAGUUUCUUUUUUUUUGUGAUAAUAAAUGACCUAAAAUUGCUUUCAGGGGUUUAUUUGUAAUCGAAAUCUUAGAAAACUAUACAUUUUCUGAAAGAUAAAUGAAUUGUCUACCAUAUUUCUAUAAGAAUUUUAAUGGAAACUAUAAAAAUUAAUAAUGUUAUGAGUACUUGAAAGCAGGACAUUUUGUUGACUUUUUUUUCCUGGAGCACUCCAAGGUAUAGAACACUGAACAAAUUAUUUUUUUUAUGGGGUGGGUAAUAUAGCCAACUUUAUCCCCAUUCUUUUACCUUUCUAAAAAUAUAUACUUUCUUGUAUCAAUAUUUUUAUGUCAUUUAAUGCUAUUUCAAAAGGCACUUAAAAAGCUCUGAAAAGCUUCCACACUAUGGAAUGAUCUAUGCCACAGUUUGUGGGUUAACUAAAAUUACAGUUUAAUACAGUUCAUGUGUGUUUGUUGGGGAGGAAGGAUGGUCUAGUAAUAUGUUAUGUUGUCUAAUUAAUUUCUGUUAAUGUUGUUACAAAACUCCAUUAAUUUGAUAUUGUAUACUAUACUGACAGAAUUGGCCGCUCAGGUCGUUUUGGACGCAAGGGUGUUGCCAUCAACUUUGUGAAAAAUGAUGACAUCAGAAUUCUCCGAGAUAUUGAACAGUACUACGCGACACAAAUUGAUGAAAUGCCCAUGAAUGGUAGGCACACUUAUCUCCCCUACUUACACGUAAACUUGACAAGGUCCAGCUAAUUAUUAUGUAGCUAUUUUCCUAUUUAAAAAAGAAGUUGUGGCAGAGAACGUAAGUUGAGGUUCGGCAAUAUUUGUAUGACCUUAGGAAAGAUUUAUUUUAGCAAUGCAGAUGAAUUCUUGAAAAGUUACUCGCUAAACAUUGUCUUAUCCAUAAUUUCAGUUGCUGAUCUGAUCUAAUGUUGCUGUCUUUUUGUACAUUGGAUGUGGACACACUUUUCAAGUCAACUUGCUGUGUGUUUGCUGAGUAAACCAGGUGUUUAGACAAGCCACCUUUUUAUGCUCCUGGCAAUGAAAGAAAAUAAAUUCGGCAACAUUGACGUUCAGUAUGGUAUUUGAUGGCUCUAAAUGUUCCAUGGGGUGAGCCAUGUGCUGACUUGUCUGAUAUAAAUUAUUUGGUCAACCAGUUAAAUAAACCCAGAGAUCUGCCACAUUUUACAGAGUGUAAGAGUUUUACUUGAUGUCACGGCAGAGUUAACUCUCUGAAACUACUAUUGCAAUUUUGAAUUUUAAUUUUGAAAAUCAAUAAAUAAUUGGACAAAUGCAAUCCCACUUUUUAGCGCAAAUCAUUUCCAAGUCACGUUUCAACUGUACGAAAGCAGUACACAUUAUUCUAUUAUAACAAAACUUUGUGGUAGAAGUAUAAUAAAAUUGCUUUCAUUCAAUUUUGCUAAUCUUGUGUAAUAUUUGCUUAAUAUUUGCUGUCAACGCAGAAUUUUACUGAGUCUCUUUAAAAAGUUGAUGAUUUGAAGAUUUUUUUUGUUUACACGUCUAUGGCUUGGUUGUCUUUAAAGCAAUGUGGGCCCUUACUUAGAAUUAAAACCUGGCUUUUGAAAUGCCACAUAUUUGAUCAGGCAUCCUUUAAAACUUUUCUGUAGCUGGCAGAUUUCUGUUGACUGUGAAUUUGUACUUCUUAGCAACAAUGUCCAUCUACGUGUCCUGGUCUGCACCUCUUUUACCCAUGGUCACUUUUGUUUUAAAUUAAACAAAUUUAAUAUUUUAAACCUGC